CUGCGGUGUCUGCGCCGGUUGCCGGGCCCCUGAAGAGCAGAGGGUAGAUGGGGCCCGGGGUCUCGAGGAACGUGGGUCUAGGUUGUCCCAAGAGCCUUGGACAGGAUCCUGGCUGUUAGAAUUGUGCUCUGCCGCUUGACUUGGAGGUGGCUAGGCUAGACCAAGCAGCGCAGCAGGAGGCGGGAGCGUUGUCCCGCCAGCAGUGUGACAGCUCGGGUCGCAGGUCCCCACCCGGGAGACACGUGUUCCGGCCCUCAGGUGCAGGGCCGGGAGGAGUUGGUCUCUCAUCCCCUCGCGGCGUCUUCCUCAUCCCUCCAGUAGGAAGUCGGUUUACACGUUUUGGGAAGCCUCAAGGAUGACUGUACCAUGUUUAAGUAUUAUCUCCUACCCUACUCCGCUCAUUAUUGGGAAGGAAAUAGAAAUAUCCCCGAAGGUCACAGUACUAGUGACAGCUACACCGGGCAGCUCGCGGCGGAGCAGUGAUGCUCAGGAACAGCCCCGUAAAGGGACUCCACAGACCACAAAUCCGCAGUGCUCAGCGAGUCUCGGCAGAUGGCUUGAUGGGCGGAUAGGUGCUGCCAGAUUGGUUGGGAGUAAUGAUGGAAUGUCAACUACCUUCAGGUCCCUUGUGGAUCAAAAACACCUGAAGCCAGAUAUGAAGACCCUCACAGUCCCUGAGUUGCCAGAGUGCUUGUUGUGAGAACCCCGUGCAUCCUCUCCAGGCCCAGGAAGCUGUGGGGCUCUGGGUUUGCAGAGAGCCGAAAUGACCAUGACUGCCAACAAGAAUUCCAGCAUCACCCAUGGAGCCGGAAGCACUAAGGCCCCUCGGGGGACUCUGAGCAGGUCUCAGUCAGUCUCUCCACCUCCAGUUCUCUCCCCACCGCGGAGUCCCAUCUACCCCCUCAGCGAUAGUGAAACCUCAGCCUGCAGGUACCCCAGCCACGUCAGCUCCAGGGUGCUCAUCAAGGACUGGCACCCCCACGAUCCUUCACCCCAAAGUCCUCAGGAUCCCUCCCCAGACACGUCACCACCCAGCUAUCCCCUCAAGGCCACCAGCUUCGGUUACUUGGACAGAAGCCCUUCGGUGUGCAAGAGAGAAGACCGAAAGGGGAGUGUGCAAGGCGCAGCCCAGGAUGUAGAGGGAGUAGCUGCUUGCCUCCCCCUUGCCCAGAGCACUCCAUUCCUAGGGCCUGGCCCACGGAGCGUCUUGCUGACCCGCACUGGCCCCCGUGCCCACAACCUGGGCAUCCGGGAGAAGAUAUCAGCAUGGGAAGGUCGCCGCGAGGCCUCUCCCAGGAUGAGCAUGUGUGGGGAGAAGCGGGAGGGCUCUGGCGGCGAGUGGGCGGUCAGUGAGGGCUGCCCCAGCGUGGUGCCGUCCCCCUGCAGCUCAGAGAAGACUUUUGACUUCAAGGGCCUCCGGAGGAUGAGCAGGACCUUCUCCGAGUGCUCCUACCCUGAGACCGAGGAGGAGGGAGAGGCCCUCCCUGUCCGGGACUCUUCCUACCGGCUGGAGAAGCGGCCAGGCCGGAGCGAGCCCAGUGCCUUCCUCAGGGGGCAUGGCAGCAGGAAAGAGAGCUCAGCAGUGCUGAGCCAGAUCCAGAAAAUUGAGCAGGCUCUGAAGGAGCAGCCGGGCCGGGGACUCCCCCAGCUGCCCAGCAGCUGCUACAGUGUAGACCGAGGGAAAAGGAAGACUGGAACCUUGGGCGCCCUGGGAGAGCAUACAGGGAGCGGGAGUGGGAGCACCGGCAGCCGGGCAGUAGGAGUGGCAGGAGCUGGGGGGGAGGCAGGCCCACCCCUAGAAAGGGAAGGCAGUGGUUCCGCCAAGCCAGGGACCCCUGGAAAUAGCCCUGGCUCCCAGCUGCUGCCGCCGUCGAAGAGCUCCCCUGAUCCCGCUGUGAACCCUGUCCCCAAACCCAAGCGCACCUUUGAAUAUGAGGCUGACAAGAACCCCAAGAGUAAGCCAAGCAAUGGUCUACCUCCUUCGCCCACACCUGCUGCUCCACCCCCUUUGCCCUCCACCCCAGCCCCUCCAGUCACCCGGAGACCUAAGAAGGACAUGCGCGGUCACCGCAAGUCCCAGAGCAGAAAAUCCUUUGAGUUUGAGGAUGCAUCCAGUCUCCAGUCCCUGUACCCCUCUUCUCCCACUGAGAAUGGUACUGAGAGCCAACCCAAGUUUGGAUCCAAAAGCACUUUAGAAGAAAAUGCCUAUGAAGACAUUGUGGGAGAUCUGCCCAAGGAGAAUCCGUAUGAGGAUGUGGACUUAAAGAGCCGAAGAGCCCGAAAAUCCCAGCAGCUGUCUGAGAACUCGCUGGACUCUUUGCACAGGAUGUGGAGUCCUCAGGACAGGAAGUACAAUCCACCCACACAGCUCUCCCUGAAACCCAGCAGCCAGUCCCUGCGCAGUGGGAACUGGUCAGAAAGGAAGAGCCACCGGCUGCCACGAUUACCCAAGAGACACAGCCAUGACGACAUGCUGCUGCUGGCUCAGCUGAGCCUGCCGUCUUCACCCUCCAGCUUCAAUGAGGACAGCCUCAGCACCACCAGCGAGCUACUGUCCAGCCGCCGCGCCCGCCGCAUUCCCAAGCUUGUUCAGAGAAUUAACUCCAUCUACAGUGCCAAGAGGGGAAAGAAGAGGUUAAAAAAGCUCUCUAUGUCCAGCAUUGAGACAGCGUCGCUGAGAGAUGAGAAUAGCGAGAGCGAGAGCGACUCUGACGACAGGUUCAAAGCCCACACGCAGCGCCUGGUCCACAUCCAGUCGAUGCUGAAACGCGCGCCCAGCUAUCGGACCCUGGAGCUGGAACUGCUUGAGUGGCAGGAACGGGAGCUCUUUGAGUACUUUGUGGUGGUGUCCCUCAGGAAGAAGCCAUCGCGAAACACCUACCUCCCGGAGGUCUCCUACCAGUUUCCCAAGCUGGACCGACCCACCAAGCAGAUGCGGGAGGCAGAGGAAAGGCUCAAAGCCAUUCCCCAGUUUUGCUUCCCAGAUGCCAAGGAUUGGCUGCCUGUGUCCGAGUACAGCAGUGAGACCUUUUCUUUCGUGCUAACCGGAGAAGACGGCAGCAGACGCUUUGGCUACUGCAGGCGCUUACUGCCAAGUGGGAAAGGGCCUCGGUUGCCAGAGGUGUACUGUGUCAUCAGCCGCCUUGGCUGCUUCGGCUUGUUUUCCAAGGUGCUGGAUGAGGUGGAGCGCCGGCGUGGGAUCUCCGCUGCCUUGGUCUAUCCCUUCAUGAGAAGUCUCAUGGAGUCGCCCUUCCCAGCUCCAGGCAAGACCAUCAAAGUGAAGACAUUCCUGCCAGGGGCUGGCAAUGAGGUGUUAGAGCUGCGGCGGCCCAUGGACUCCCGGCUGGAGCAUGUGGACUUUGAGUGCCUUUUUACCUGCCUCAGCGUGCGCCAGCUCAUCCGAAUCUUUGCCUCACUGCUGCUGGAGCGACGGGUCAUUUUUGUGGCAGAUAAGCUCAGUACCCUGUCCAGCUGUUCCCAUGCUGUGGUGGCCUUGCUCUACCCCUUCUCCUGGCAGCAUACCUUCAUUCCUGUUCUCCCGGCCUCCAUGAUUGACAUCGUGUGCUGUCCCACCCCCUUCCUGGUUGGCCUGCUCUCCAGCUCCCUGCCCAAACUGAAGGAGCUACCUGUGGAGGAGGCACUGAUGGUGAAUCUGGGAUCAGACCGAUUCAUCCGACAGAUGGAUGAUGAGGACACAUUGUUACCUAGGAAGUUACAGGCGGCUCUGGAGCAGGCUCUAGAGAGGAAGAACGAACUAAUCUCCCAGGACUCGGACAGCGACUCUGACGAUGAAUGUAAUACCCUCAAUGGGCUGGUGUCGGAGGUGUUCAUCCGGUUCUUUGUGGAGACCGUCGGGCACUACUCCCUCUUUCUGACACAGAGUGAGAAGGGGGAGCGGGCCUUUCAGCGCGAGGCCUUCCGCAAGUCUGUGGCCUCCAAGAGCAUCCGGCGUUUUCUUGAGGUUUUUAUGGAGUCGCAGAUGUUUGCUGGCUUCAUCCAAGACAGGGAGCUGAGGAAGUGCCGUGCAAAGGGCCUCUUUGAGCAGCGAGUGGAGCAGUAUUUGGAGGAACUCCCAGACACUGAGCAGAGUGGGAUGAAUAAGUUUCUCCGAGGUUUGGGCAACAAAAUGAAGUUCCUCCACAAGAAGAAUUAAACUCCUGUCCCAGUAGCAGAGUCCAGUGCCUUGCAGAACCUGCAGCCUGAGGAGAGGGCCCAGCCCAGGACCCUUGGGGCUGCUUGUGGCUACUCUGUCCCCACAGACCCCAUCCUUCAAGCCAGCCCACCUCUGCCUCCACGAUAUCCCAGGAUACUGUUUGUAAAUAAUCUGCUGUAAGCUUUCUUAACUGUUUUGUAACAAGCAAAAAGAAUCUGGUAAAUAUUUGUUUAUUCCCAAGGGGCCGGGUGCUUUCCUGCCCGGCCUGAGCAUGGAUGAAGUGUCACUGGGUGCUGGUGACUGGCCAAUUAUGUGCAGCUGACUGUCUCGGCCAAACCACUGAUCUUUCCUGGAGGCUUUGGCCUGCCUGCCUGUGGCCCCCGCUGCCAGUCUCGGGUCCUGGAGAGCAGGCGCUGUCUUGUGAUGCACAGGAAGACAAUUUUUUUUUUUGUCUUAGAUUUUCUAUUUUUUCCCUAGGAGCCCCCCUCUCCUAACCCUCAGUUUUGAAAGGCAGAAGCCAGUCAGUCUCCAUUUGCAGCAUAGUGCCGAGGCUCUUGGGCCCUUCUGUUCCUCCACCUUCUGAGAUGGUCAGUGAGUCAUGGGAAGCCCACCCUCCAGCUCUGCCAGUGCUCUCUGGGCCCAGCUCUGGGUCAGUGGUGGCCAUGAUGCGGUACAGGGCAUCCCUCCUUCCCACCUUCUACGGGUGUUCUCAAUAAACAGUGUACAGUUGUUUGGGCCCAGAGUUCCACAUGUCCUUUGGCCUCAUUUUCUUGAGUUCUCUCUCCAGGGAAUGGGCUGAGAAAGGCAUAUCAGGUAUGAAGCCCCAUCAUGCAGGGAACUAAGUACUUGAUUAAGGGUGUUUGCUUCUGUAUGGGUCACUGAUCUCCCCUGAAUUGAGUUCUCUGGACUGAUCUGUAUGACUGGUAUUCGCUGUCCUAGUUCAGCUCCCUCUCCAACAGCCAGCUAUUAAGACUCUAACGUAUUUCUACUGAUGGGAAAAAAUGUUCUUUUCCCUCUAACUCCCCCAUCAUUAGGUGAAUCUGAACAUUUUCCUACCCCGUCUGGAGCCUUUAAGACAUCGUUGGGUAUCCUGACUCUGGUGUAGUGAAGCCCAGCUAUUGCCAACCCCAGGACUUGGUCAGAGCCCUCACCCCACUGCCUGUGACUCUUUGAUGUCACUCUAUGGGUAGCAUUUUUCAUUGGCACUCUAGGUUUGCAUACAGAAAGUUCUUCCACAUUUCAUGGAAGAAAGCAGCAGGGUGGAGAAUAACGGUUGUAAGGUCUUAGGUAGAACAGAGACCUUGAAAAAACUCCCAAAGGUAAGGCAUUAAGCUGGGGCUCUCUUCACUGACAAUGGGUCAGGUAAGAUUUCAACUGUGGAAUCACGUUUGCCUAUGCUUCCACCCUAGCCCGUUUAAAUGGCAGAUAAUUUCAUCCUGAGUUUACUUCUUUUCCCCAUCCCCACUGAAGCCAGUGCCAUCCUCAAACUCCCUGAUAAAGCAGUCUGGUUUCUGGGAAGAUGAAGUCAUCUCUGAAAAAGCCUCCUACACUUUGGGUAUUUGCUAGGAAUAGGAGGGCAGGGAUUUUGAGGCCUUAUGAAUGUGGGUUUGUUUCUUGUGUUUUUUAAUUUAUUUGAAAGGCAGAGAGUUAGAGAAAGGUCUUCCAUCCACUGGUUCACUUCCCAAAUAGCCACAGUGGCCGGAGCUGGGCCAAUCUGAAGCCAGGACCCUGGAGCUUAUUCUGGGUCUCCCACAUGUGCGCAGGGGCCCAAGCACUUCUGCUGCUUUCUCAGGCCAUAGCAGAGAGCUGGAUUGGAAGUGGAGCAGCUGGGACCUGAACCCACGUUCAAAUGGAAUGCUGGCAGUGUACGCGCCGGCCCCUGAAUGUGGCUUUUUAGUUGGGGUAGAGAGAAGACAGAUUGUAACCAGAAAAUUCAGAAUUUAGUGUAGUUAUCUCCAAAAUUCAUACCUGUUUACUCAUCCUUGGGCUUCAUGGUAAGUUCUAAAAGUAGGCUUUAAAAAAAGAUUUGUUUGAAAGGCAUUGUGAGAGACACAUACACAGAGAGAGAGAUGUUCCAUCUGCUAGUUCACUCAUUAAAUGGCUUCAAAGCCAGGUCUGGACCAGGCCAAAGUCAGGAGCCCAGAACUCCCAUCCAGGUCUCCCACAUGUGUGGAAGGGGCUGAAGCACUUGGGCCAUCUUCUGCUGCCUUCCCAGGCACAUUAGAAGGAAGCUGGAACAGAAGUAGAGCAGCCAGGAAUUAAGGUGGCAUAAUCCACUGUGCAACGCCUGUCCCUAAAGCGGACUAAAUAAUGAACAGUUCCUAAAAGGUGCUUUCACUCUCUCUCCCCAUGUCUCCCUCACCUUUUAAUGUGGCUCAAAAAAACUCUCAGACACACUGUCAGAUCACAGGGUAUACAGGUGUAAAUUCCUCUUUUGGUGAACUUUGAAACCUUUCUCUUUAAAAUAUGAGGGUGCUUAAAAAGUGGAAUUAAAAGAGUUUGUUUUGGCACAAAAGAUCGAUUAAGUCCAUGCCUAAUCAUCUUUUAUGAGGACCCUGUGCUACUACUUUUCAGAAUUGGCAAGUUUCUGAUAAGCUUUAAAAACUUUUUGGUCCAUUUGUAUUGCCUUUUAAUAUGAUGAAUAUAAAUUUGGUUAAACAAGAAACUCAAACUACGCCAAAACAUAUUUCAUCUCCCUCAGCUCCCAAAACUAAGAGGAAAUCCCAUUUGUCUUAGGUUCUCCCACAACACUUAAUGCGUGUACAGGCGUUUUCUUUUUCGCCUAAGGUGCCCUGGCACAUAAUUCACACCUUCUUUUUAAAGAUUUUGGCAGAGAGAGAGAGAGAGAGAGAGAGAGAGAGAGAGAGAGAGAGAGAGAGAGAGGCCUUCCAUCCGAUGGUUCACUCCCCAGAUGGCCUCAAUGGCCAGAGCUGAGCCCAUCUGAAGUCAGGAGCCAGGAGCUUCUUCUGCGUCUCCCACGUGGGUGCAGGGGCCCAAAUAGUUCGCCAUCUUCCACUGCUUUCCCAGGCCACAACCCAGAGCUGGAUCCCAAGAGGAACAGCCGGAACACGAACCGGCGCCCAUACGGGAUUCCGGCGCGGCAGACGGAGACUUGGCCCACUACGCCACUCCGCCGGCCCCCAAAAUUGACACUCUUACCACGCCACCGCACCUAAGCCCACCUUGAAGCGGUUGGAAGUGCACUGCCACUCAAACCGCCCGCUCUGUCUGGGACAGCCAGCCCCGCCCUCUUCCGCGAGGGCCAGCCCCGCCCGCUCUUCCCCGGAAGUGGCCGAGCGGGAGGCUGACGAUGACGUCGGUCGUGCUUCCGGUCGGGGAGGAGGUCAAAAUGCCCCGGAACCAGAGCCACACACCCCGGAAGUGGUUCUCACGGGCCGAGGCGGGGCAAUACCCGCGCCCUGGUGGGUCUGGUUCCUGUACUGCUGAAGUGUCGUGUCGCAGACCAGUCGAGUCCUAGCCGUCUGCGGCCCCAGAAGACUCCUGUUGUAACGUGAGCAGACGGGGCAUCCGCAAGCGGACGCUUUCCACGCGUUUCCGUCCCAGGAGGCGGCUGCUCUGACAUCCACUUAAAAGUGACGUAGCCAAGGACAGGUUCGCGAAUUAUGCGGCCGACAUUUCCCGUAAACCGAGUUGUUUGUGCCCUCAAAUCUGGAGAAAAAACUUUCUCAAGACUAUUGAGCGCUUUCAUCCCUAGCUACUAGCAACGGCAAGGGCUGGGAUGGGGUUGGGGGCGGCGCAAAGCCCGGAGCUGGAAUCCGAACUAGUUGGGCCUUCACCGCUGCCUCUCAGGCAUGCACUAGCAGAAAGCUGUGGAGUAUGGGACCAGGCUAAACGCCAGCCACUGAGAUACAAAGAACGCGCACACUAGGCUAGAAGGUACAUAAUUUGUAAUUCAAACACAAUUGGGCUUCGGGCCAGACAUCGUGGCGCAAGCAGGUAAAGCCCUGGCCUGUGACACCUGCAUCCCAUAUGGACGCGUUAAUGCGUCUGUGAAAGUGGAAGAGGCCCAAGUCCCUGGGCCCCACGUGGGAGAUGUUCCUGGCUCCUGGCUUCAGUGUGGCCUACCCCAGAUAGUUGUGGCCAUUUGGGGAGUGAAUCGGCCGGUGGAACGUUAGUCUGUCCUCUGUAACUAGGUCUACCCAGCACGCUAAGCUGUAGCAGGUGAGGAACCUGUACUUGUGGGACACCGAAUUGAAGGGCCUAAUGCUUAGCCUGCAGGACUUCAUCAACCCUGUGCAUGCCACAGGGCAGGCUAGUGUCAUGAAAAUAUUAGUGAAUGAGUUCAUAGAGGUUACUAUUUUCUAAGCAGAAGCAGUGGUGCCUUCCAGUAAACGGACACACAAAAUCAGUGUUAAGGUUUGCUUCUAGUCCCAUAAAUACAAGUGGCAUUCUAGGUCUGCUACACACUUAGGUUCCUAUCGAGGAACGAGGAGCAAAACUGAGCAUUAGUGUUAAGAUGCUGAUGCCCUUCCCAGUUAAGGCAACAGGACGAAUUUUGAUUUUUCUGCCAGGCACCAUCUACACCCUCCACACAGGAUCCAGCAUAUCCCACUCCAUGUCCUAUUUACAGCUGUGCUCCUAAGGGAAGCCGACCAGCAGUGAAUUCCUGGUGAAUUUGUUAGCCAGCGAGAUCUGCAAUCACCUGUACCAAAGCUUCACUCUUCAUGUCUAAACACAGGACCAACUGCCGUCCAAUCCACCCAGCUACUGAGCUCCGUCCACUAAGCCUUCUGAACCCUACCCUUUUCCAUGCUCAAAUCUUAUUUUCUAGGUCUCCUAACUAGCCUCCCACUGAGCUUUUUCUGACAGAACUUCCUGUUUACCUCAUCCUUGCAAAUCCAUUCCCCACAACCCAUCUUAUGUUCAUUCUGCUUGGACUCAUUAAGAUCACAUGAAGUUACUGACUUCUCACACCGUUGAGAUUUUUUAAAAACAAAACAAAAAGAUUUGAAAGGCAGAGGUCUUCCAUCUGCUGGUCCACUCCCCAAAUGGCCUCAAUGGCUGGAGCUGGGCUGAUCUGAAGCCAGAAGCCAGGAGCUUAUUCUGUCUCAUGUAGGUGAGGGACCCAGGCACUUGGGCCAUCUUCCACUGCUUUUCCAGGCCGUAACAGAGCUGGAUUGGAAGUAGAGCAGCUAGCACUCAAACCAGUGCCAUAUGGGAUGCCAGCACUGCAGGCAGCAGAUUAACCCACUAAACCACAAGGCCAUCUCCUGAGAUAUUUUUACUUAGUCCCACAUUUUAAACAUGAGGAAACUUGAGUAGGCCUUAAGUCAAAUAGCUGAUGACCAAAAACCAAAUACAACCAUCUGUUAGACCCAUUGGUUGCUCUGUAAGUCCUCUGAAACAUUUAAGAGUCCGUUAUCACUAGCCUAAUGGCAGACAGAAUCUCAAACAACCCGGUUUCAAGAUCAUUCAAGCUUUCUGACUCUUUGUAAUUGUUGCCCAUUUUUUUCAAGCCAAUGCAAUUCAGUUCUUUUCUGUUUCUUUGGAUCUGAACCCAACAGACUUUAGGGGUUGACAGUCUUGUCCCAUAAUCAUGGCUUCCAGUCCAUGUAUGUAAUAUAUAAGCCCUCUAAGGAAAGAACUCACCAACACCUAGCAGUAUUAAAUUACAUCUUAAUUACUUGCCCAGUGUUUUAAACUACAAGUCUUAUUCAGGCCAAAGAAAAAACACAAACUCAGGAAGAACUGUUAAAACCACAAAUUAUAAUUCAUGUUGAAAUUCCAUGCACUGGUCAGACGUCACCAUGGUCUUUAAUACAGCGGAUAGUAAACCUAAGAAAACCAGAUUCCCAAAGACAAGGAUUUCCCAGUUUUCUGAGAUAGGACUAUCUUCUGAAAUCCAAGCCACUUUGACAUAAAAAGCCCUGGAGCUGGUGCUUGGCUCAGGGGGUACUAUAUGCUCAUCUAUAUUGGGUUGAAGUCCUGAUUCCAGCUUCCUGCUAAUGCUCACCCUUGGAGGCAACAGGUAACUAUGGCUCAAGUAGCAGGAUCUUACCAACCACAUAAAAGAAACCCAAAUUAACUUCCCAAUGCCUGAAUUUGGCUCGGGCCUGGCCACUACAGACACUUGAGGAGCAGUCUUAAGUGGGGCUGGUGCUGUGGCAUAGUGGGCUAAGCCUCCAUCUGCAGCACUGGCUGCUGCUCUUCAGAUCCAGCUCUCUGCUGUGGCUUGGGAAAGCAGCAGAGUAUGGCCCAAGUGCUCGGGCCCCUGCACCUGCAUGGGGAACCUGGAAGAGGCCUUGGUUGUGGAUCAGCCCAGCUCUUGUGGCUAUUUGCGAGUGAGUAAGUGGAUGGAAGACCUUUCUCUCUCCCUGUC